UCUAUCAACACCGUCCAAAACACAGUAGCCUACGCGCCCACGACCAUGAGUCGAAAAAGAACCCAUUGUUUCACGGAAGCUAGUCUCUCCUCCGACCCCGAAAACAUCUACAUGGAUACGACAGGUCCCCCUAAUCGGCUUGACGAAGAUUUUUCUGAAUUUGAGGCGGACGAGGAGUUACUGAGUUCCGUAAGCGACAUUACGGAGCACCUCGGGAGGAACAUUUCUGUCGUGCUUGAAGCAGCCCUGACCGAAAUCAGAAAGAUGGUCAGCGUCAGAAUUCGGGUUCUUAAGAUGGAGCUUCGAGAGAAAACCGAUGAAAUUGAAAUUUUGAAGGCAAGAUUGGAGACGGUGGAGAGAGAUGGGAGAGACCAGUUCCCCGGUUCGAUGAUUGCCGAAGCUACAGCUGCCUUAAGGAAAUCUGAUUUUCAUCCGGGUAAUAAAUACAACAGUGACCCCAAAAAAGCUAAGCCCGGAACCCCCGGAAUCAAAAAAGAGAAUAUAGAUGCUAUUUGUGACUACCUAAUGAAAGACAAGAAUUCGCGCGGUGGUGCUGAAGUGGAUAGCGACGGAAACAUCCACCCGUGCAGUAGCGACAGAGAAGACCCACAGCCGCACGCCUCGGUCAACCUAUGGCCGGAGGGCGGAAUCAAUAGCGGGGUACCCGGAGAUGCAGAGACGGAUGCAACACCCGAAGACAUAUUCAGCAUGUUGCCGUCGGGAAGCAAAAGGAUAUACGACUACGAAUGGAUAACGGGGGUGGAAUACCCGUCCGAUUUGAAAGGUGGGAGGGAGCCGAAAUGUGAGAGUUCCACUCCCGUGGAGGAGAACGAGGAGGAAGAGGACGAGUCUGAGGGAGUGAGGCGUGAUCUGUCCCAGCCCGCCACCCCCCUGGACCACACCCACACCCCUGACUUCCUCCAGGGCUCCCCGCAGGGCGAAGACGGCACGGUGGACGACCAUGCAGAGAGCGUGGAUACAGGCCAGCCGUUCUCUCACACCUACCUCUGUCCUCUGUGCGGAACCUUCUGUCCCGAUGCCUUGUUUCUGGAGGAGCACUUGAAAGUGAUGCACAGGGACACCAGCGCAGCCCACUCCCUCCAGUCCACCUCCAGUCCUCCGGCCCCGCUGGGGGAGGGCAGCGGCGCGGACCCCCGGAGGGGGGAGGACCGGGGGGCCGGACGAGGGCCGUCGCGGGAGCGGAAGGUGGAGGGGGGCUACGAGUGCGGUGACUGCGGCCGCCACUUCAACUACCUGGGCAACCUGCGGCAGCACCAGCGCAUCCACACGGGGGAGAAGCCCUUCGUGUGCCCGGAGUGCGGGGAGCGUUUCCGCCACGCGGCCCGCCUGAAGAGCCACCGGCUGGGCCACAGCGGCGCGCAGAGCCCCUUCCCCUGCCCCCAGUGCGGGAAGGGCUUCCCCGUGCUCUCGGGGCUGAAGCGGCACCAGCGCGUGCACACGGGGGAGAGCCCCUACGCCUGCCCCCAGUGCGGGCGGCGGUUUAAGGAGCUGGGCAACCUGUACACCCACCAGCGCAUCCACAGCGGGGCCACGCCCUACCCCUGCCACCAGUGCGGCCGAAGUUUUCGUCACCUGGGCACCUACAAGAGCCACCGCUGCACCCCCCUCCCCUGACCCCUGACCCCUGUG